UGUUGCUGUCUCGUGCGCCGGCGAAGGGGUCGCACAGCUGCUGCGCGGUGUCGGCAGGGCGCGGCUGCGUUGAUGAGCGAGUGGCGGCGCGCAGCCGGUCAAGGAUGAGGCAUAGGUCGGGGGGAGGGGGGCGAGACGGCCUUCCCCCGUGCGCUUCACAGUAGGCCGAGGGCAGUGGUGUUACCCCAUCGUGUGCACAGUCUUGGGUUUGCUCUUCCUCUCUCCUCGCCCCUCUUCACUGGAAAGAACUGCCUUGCACGUCAAACAAUCACACUUUUUCACGACCUUCCGAGCUUCUCUUAAGCCUUUUCGGGGAACUCCCCAAGAGAUCUACUGCAUGUUGUCGUGACUGGCAAGGCGACGUGGAGGCGACACUGACACUGUCCGCAGGACGACGCCGCAGCCUUCCGGGUGCUUCUUGUUUGUUGAUCGCGUGGAUUUGAGAUAAAGCGUCUGAACACAUGGAUACGGAGGAGAACUUCGACAUGAUUCCAGCCCCGCGCGGACACAUAAAGCAAUAUGCUGCAACGGUCAUUUCAUUCCUCGUUUUGGUAGUCACCCUUUUUAUCUUCAGAGAUGACCCGAUUAUUGUAAUCCAAGCCUUUGCUCAGGCUUUCAUUCUUCAGAUAAUAACGACCACUAUUACAAGCAUCUUCUACUUCAUGGAGGAGAGGAAGCAUCUCAAAACCAGGUACAGAAACAAGUGGUACAACGUGAUUCAGAGCUCACUGAAACUGCCGUUCACCAAGACGGUGUUGGUGUUUGUACCGGCCAUCAUUAUCUUUUUCGCAAUAAACGCAGAGGAGGAAAAAGAAACUCCACGGACCACGAUCAUCUUCCACAUGAUGGUCUCCAUCUUCACACACUGCGUGCUCUUCCUGUUAGAAUUUCAUGCCCCAUCAAAAGCUGACAUCUCCGACAUAUUUGAGAGGAAAAAUCUCAAUGUGGCUCAUGGCCUGGCUUGGUCUUACUACUUUGGAUACCUCAAGCUAGUGUUGCCAGAACUCGAUGUCAAACUGGCACAAUACACACGUGCAGGACGGACGUUUACAGCGAGCACGCAAAAGCUGUUCAUCCUCCUGCCGCUGAGCUGCCAUGUGACGAACACGUUUUCUGAACAGGAUCAACACAUAAGCGUCGAUGGCAACUUACCUGAGAUUCAGCGGAACCGCGGUGGCGUCUCAAUGCGCAGCUUUAAGCACACGGUGCACAGGGUGUUGGAUGCCCAAAAUGUGGAGCACUACAUCGUGAUGGAGUUUGCUACACCACUGCGCUCCCUGCUGGACAUUUCAAACCAGACUCCUAAAGGUUUCAGCGCUGAUGAUCGCUUGGAGCAGGCCAAGCUGUUCUACUGCACUCUAAAAGAUAUUAUCCAAAGUGACAUUGACAUCCGAAACAAAGUCCAGCUGGUGCUUUACGAUGAUACUGCAGAUACAAAAAACCCUCAUUUUCUGUCGGAGAAGAUCCUAAAGUAUGUCUCGCCGAUGGCGGAUGAGAGCCCACUGCAGUUUAGCAUGGAAGAUGAGCCUCAACCACUUAGAAGUUGUUAGAACGAAUAACUUCAAGAAACAUAUACAAAAUAGUUUUUUUUUUCUGGCAACAAAACUGAAACCUUUUUACAAGGAAUCAUGUUUACUUUAACCACAAUACUGGUAAUAUAUGCAUUGUCCUUGAAAUUGAUUGGUCCACACCAGAGACAGCUUUCCUUAGAGCCUAGUCAUACGGUGUUCGACCCAAUGACGCCAAAAGGUGCACAACUCAAAGACAAUGCACUAACCCUAAUGUGAUUAUAAUAAUUGUAUUAGAGCUGUUACCGAUACCCCAAUGCAGCUCUCAUAUCUUGCUCAUACAAAAUAAAUAAUUCCAGGAACGCAUCCCCACGUAUACAAUUGUAGUGGCAUAGCACUGGCUGCUGGCGAAAAAGGGGAACUGUGGUGUACGGCAGUACUUAAGUCAGCAGGCCAUGAUAUACACGAGAGGGGGCCAUCUUGGUGAAAAGUCACACAAGCCUCGGGAAGCCAGUAGUAAGUUCCAGUAGUAAGUUCCAGAAAGGGGGCGUGGCCAGGGCGGAGCGAGGCCACGCUAAGAGUAGAAGAGGGGCACCUGUGGGGGGCCUCGUGGCUCUUGCUGGAAGUGGGAUCCCCCAUCGUGCUGCUCAAGUCUAUCGUCACCAUCUCGUCGUCGUCACCAUUCAUCUCGUCGUUUUCACUAUCCCGGGGCGCUGCUAGUCAGACAGCCUACCAACUGUUCUAGGUAGUGCCACCGACAAUAGUGUGCACCCACGUAUGGUGUGUUUUCCCGAUUGUGCUUGUUAAAUAAAGAAGUGCCUCCAAGUC